AUGAUAAGAAUAACACCUUUAAUACGUUACAAUUCAACCAAACCUUCAAUAGUUGAUAGAAUACAUGGUAAACUUAAGACUGCCCUUGUUACAAUGCAAGAAGCAGAUGCCAAAAUGGCAGCAUUAGAAGCAACAGCUACUCCCGUAAAGAUAGCUCAACUUAUCAAAGUAAUUGAAGACAAGCGGGAAUUAUUAUUUUUAUUAGCAUUAUAUCAUUAUCAAUGUGAAAAAAUUGGCAUCACCCGGACAAAUGCGGAUAAUCGACAAACUCAUAAAUUGAAAUUUGCUGCUGUUGUUUGGUUUAAAUUAUCAGGAAUAAAUGAAUCAUUUUGGGAAUUGAUGUAUUCGGCUGAUCUUGCUCAUCAUGUUCAUAAUGUUAAAUAUAAUCAACAGGAUUUAGGAUUAUUGGAUCCUAAGAAUUUCCCGGAAGAUUUUUAUAAUGAGUUAAAAACUGGGAUAUAUAAAGGUCUUGAUUUUAGAGAUGUUUUUAUAAUUUCUCGAGAUCGUCCUAAAUGGAUUGAAAAGAAGGAGACGGUGGAUAAUGAGUCAAACUUGUAA